UUCCAUCAAAUAUAAGAAAAAACAAAACGAUGCCACAGCCGCUUUUCCCUCGUAGUUUCAGAAACAAGUUCGAGCAACACUGAACUCAACUAACUUCCCGGAAGAAAAACUUGGCCGGGAAAAUCUGCCGGAGUUGCUCGUCGGCCGCCAUAAACAGUUGCGUUUGUUUGUGUUUAUUUGAAGACCUAAUGCUGGUGAACGCUUUUGAUUGAAAUGAAUUCAACCCAUUUUACAACUGAAUUCUUACCCAGAACAUUGAACCCCUUUUCACCUUACAACCAAUUUUCCUUUCUUAAACCUUUCAACAAAUCCCCAAACCUAAAAUUCCAACCCCGCAAACGCUUUCAAGUUGUUUCCUUCUCCCAAAACCCGAAAUCGAGUAGCGAAUUAACGAUUUCCGGCAAGGAUUAUAAUGUCCGCAGCAAUAGAGAUGUUCGGACUUAUGCGGGUCGGAGUAAGAAGACUGGUGGUGCAUCGUCUUCCGGUGGUAGACUGGAAGGCAAUGCGGAGUUUCGGAGACGUAUGAAGCGGAAUUCUAAGGCGAAAAGCAAGAAGCUUGCUGAGUCUUUGUUCUACAGGUUGAAAAACCCUAAAGGCCGUGGGAAUUAUCCUGAUAAUUUCUCAGAGGAUUUGCUUCAACAAAUCGGGCUUGGAUAUGAUCGACUCGUUCGGUUCAUGGAGAAAGAUGACCCGAAUUUACGCCACCCGAAUGAUUGGUAUAAGUAUGGUGAAUACGGGCCGUUUUCGUGGCGGGGGGUCGUUGUUGGUGAGCCGGUUAGUGGAGGGAUUACGGAUGAAUGUGUGAGUAUAAUUAGCGAAGUGAAGGAUCAUGAAGAAUGGGAGGAGAUUGAGAAACAUGAAAUGGCUGCUGAUUUUGGGGAGAAGGUGAAGCUGUUGGAUCAAACUAAGUUAAGGUAUUUUUGGGUUUUUGUUCGGCAUCCGAAGUGGCGAGUUUCGGAGCUUCCUUGGCAGCAAUGGACUUUGGUUAGUGAAGUAGUAGUUGAAGCUGGGAAGCAGAGGUUAGAUAAGUGGACUUUGAUGGGUAGACUCGGGAACAAGGCGAGGUCGUUGAUAGGGCAAUGUGCAGCGUGGAUGAGGCCGGAUAUUGUGUAUGUUAAGCGGCCGGUGUUUCAGUGUAGGUUUGAGCCUCAGGAUAAUUUUUUUAACGCGAUAAUUCCGUUUCUUGAUCCUAGAACGGAACAGGAUUACCUUUGCGAGGUGGAAAACGAUGACGGGAGGGUUGAGAGGUGUACUUAUUAUGGUGGGUUGUGUAAGAUUGUGAAGGUGAAUCAGAAGGCUUUUGUUGAUGAUGUGGUUAACGCGUAUCAGAAAUUGAGUGACGAGAAGAAGUCGAAAUGUUUGGAGUUUCUUUUGGGGCAUCAUCCGGUGGAGAUUUUGCAUCCGUAUACUAAAGAGUGGAAGGCUAAGUUGGAAGAGAUGGAGCUUGGUUGUGAUGCUCCUGAUGAAGAAGAUGAGGAUGCUGUUGGGGAAAAUGAUACUGAGAUUCUUGAAUGGAUUGAGGAUGAAGGUAGCGAUGGAGAUGGAGAUGGAGAUGCUGAAUUUGAUGGUGAUGAUGAUGAUGAUGAGAAUGAUGAAGAAGAAGAGGAGGACGAGGAGGAGAUUGAUGAUUUUGAUAUUAAUGAAGAUCAAAAUCUAGUUACGGACAUGGAAGAAAGCGAAGAUGGUAAAUUUCAUGCGAUGAAUGAAGACGUGACGGACUGGAAGGAGUUUCGAAAAUUAACAAAUAGCGCCGAUGCAAUUGAAAAUAUGGCAAGGAAGAGUGUCGAGAUCUCUACAAAGUUGUACAAAAAGCAAAUGAUGAUGGCGGAGGAGGCAGAGGAAGAAACAAUGCGUGAUUCAGUAAAAGGAGACGAAACCGCGUUGAGAGGAAAGCGAGCAAAGGUUAGUCCAGAAGAGUGGAAGUAUGUUGGGCUAGGUCCGUGGAGAAAAAAGAUCAAGAAGAGCAAACUUCCUCCAGACCUAUUUCUGCGAGCAGCGAUUCGACCUUUCACUUACAGAAAUCUUGUUAAAGAGAUUGUUUUAACUAGGCAUGCAAUUUUGGAUGGUGAUAUUGGUAAGGAAGAAUAAGGAUAUAGUUGUGUAGGAGUGAUGUUGAGAAAAUUAGUAGAAUGAAUUUUUGUCCUUGCUUUUGAAAAAGAUAAUGAUAGCAUACAACUUCAAUUUAUUUAUACAUGUUCUUCUGUGUUUUCAAAAGAUUUUGAUGUAUGUAACAUUUCUUUCUGGACCAUGUUUGUCAUUAACAUAUGUACUGUGGCAAGCAUUUUAGUGAAUGUUUUUCCUCAAAUCUGAGUGAGUGUUUGUCAUUAACAUUUCUUCUGUGUUUUCAAACUGUUUUGCUUCAUUUUGUAGUACUGGUCGAGUGUUUGCGAAUUGGGUUUUCAUUGUAAGGGUGUCAAAAUAUUUCAAUUUUGUCUUCUUAGAUGGAGAAUGUGUAUAGUCAGUGUGAUCUUGAUGAGGAUGACUUAAGGGGUGUUGCUACGAUGGAGAUACUGUUCAAUUUGCAUGCUAUUGUGGUGUUAGUUUUGGGUGUUGGAUUGUUGGCAAGUAACAUGAAUCUGAGAUAUGGUGAGGCAAUGUGCUUGCUGAGCUUUGAAUUAACAAGUGUGAGGAUAUGAAAUGUCCAUGAGCUUGAAACGGUUUUAGUUUUGAUGGAAACAAAGAAGGAAAGUUUGCAAUGGGCUAUAUACAUUUAGUUUUGUUUGUUUUGGUCUAUAAGAAAAAGGAGAGAUAGAAACAUUACCUUUUUGACAUAAAGGCAUGGCAUCUGGGCGG